AUGAGCCUCUCGUUUGAAUCACGCGUGCUGGACGCCAGCGGGGUGUCUGGGCGGCAUCAGGUGUCGUGUACGCUCGUGACUGGCUUCCUGGGAUGCGGCAAGACCACUCUGCUGCAGCUGACCAUCUACUUCCCUCCCCCUUACCGCCCCCUUUUUCCCCCCUACCAGCACGUGCUGAGGGAGAAGGGCGAUCUGCGAGUGGCCGUGCUGGUGAACGAAUUCAGCCCUGUUGACGUGGACUCCCUGCUGCUCCAAUCACAGCGCGCCAACGUGGCAGUUGGGGCGCCCCCUGGUCAUGGGGAUCUGGCAGGGGGUGAGUGCGUGAAAGAGAAAGUGUGGGCAAGGGGAGGGAGAAAGGAAUGGGUGGGCUGUGCAUGUUGCCACGUCAGUGACGGGCUCAAGAAGGCUGUGCGAGCAGCGGUUGGUGGCGCCAUGUCAGCAUGCGACUACCUCAUCUUGGAGACCUCAGGCCUAGCGGACCCUCAACCAAUCGCCGCCCAGCUGAUGGAAGCAGGGGUGAGGCUCGAUAGAGUGGUGGCUGUGGUGGAGGCUGAGACGCUGCCGAACCUCCUCGAACAGCAGCCAAUAGCGCGGCGACAGCUGGCAGCGGCCGACCUGGUGUUGCUGAAUAAGUGUGACCUGGUGUCCCUGGGUGCACUAUCAGAUGCAGAAGACAUGCUCCUUAAAUUUCUCACCACAGGAGACGCGUCUGCCCACCCACAUACCAACGACGCAUACGGCACCAGUCAUAGAUGCACCUCCUCCUCUCACACACGCUCCCAUCCUCCCACCCCCACCUCUAUACAACCAUCCAGCUUGCCUCUUCCCCCUGUAGUCCGCACCCGUUACUGUCACGUCCCCUUGGAUCUGAUCCUAGAUACCGUUCCUGUAUCGCAGCCUGCUCCUCCUCUCACCUCAGCAUCCGCUCAUCUCUCCGCUGGCUUCCUCUCUCACGAAGCCACUGCUGCCCCCUCCUUUCGCACUCCCAGUGCUUCAACUCCCUCAGCCCUCACUCCCUCCUUGCACAAGGAAGGGAAAGAGCCGGAUGCAAGGCAUGGAGCGAGGAGGUAUCAACUAGGUGCACCUGCACCAGGUCAUGCCUCCACCCCGUUUACAUCACUCCUCUUUGAGUCACAGCAGCCUCUUCCGCUAGCUGCAUUCCAGCACAUCGUGGCCACCAGACUGCGAGGAAGAGCCGCCAGCAGCAACAAGAGUGGCAGUGGCACUGCCGCCAGCAGCACCACCAGCGGGUGUGCUCCAGCUUCUCUCAACCUUGUUUUGGACCUCUGCUCCUCACCCAUCUCAUGUUUUUUUUUCUUCUUCUUCUUCCUCUUCCUCUUCCUCUUCCUCUUCCUCUUCCUCUUCCUCUUCCUCUUCUUCCUCUUCUUCCUCCUCUUCCUCCUCUUCCUCCUCUUCCUCCUCUUCCUCCUCUUCCUCCUCUUCCUCCUCUUCCUCCUCUUCCUCCUCUUCCUCCUCUUCCUCCUCUUCCUCCUCUUCCUCCUCUUCCUCUUCCUCUUCCUCUUCCUCUUCCUCUUCCUCUUCCUCUCCUCUUCCUCUUCCUCUUCUUCCUCUUCCUCUUCUUCCUCUUCCUCUUCUUCCUCCUCCUCCUCCUCCUCCUCCUCCUCCUCCUCCUCCUCCUCCUCCUCCUCCUCCUCCUCCUCCUCCUCCUCCUCCUCCUCCUCCUCCUCCUCCUCCUCCUCCUCCUCCUCCUCCUCCUCCUCCUCCUCCUCCUCCUCCUCCUCCUCCUCCUCCUCCUCCUCCUCCUCCUCCUCCUCCUCCUCCUCCUCCUCCUCCUCCUCCUCCUCCUCCUCCUCCUCCUCCUCCUCCUCCUCCUCCUCCUCCUCCUCCUCCUCCUCCUCCUCCUCCUCCUCCUCCUCCUCCUCCUCCUCUUCUUCUUCUUCUUCUUCUUCUUCUUCUUCUUCUUCUUCUUCUUCUUCUUCUUCUUCUUCUUCUUCUUCUUCUUCUUCUUCUUCUUCUUCUUCUUCUUCUUCUUCUUCUUCUUCUUCUUCUUCUUCUUCUUCUUCUUCUUCUUCUUCUUCUUCUUCUUCUUCUUCUUCUUCUUCUUCUUCUUUCUUCUUCUUCUUCUUCUUCGUCUUCUUCUUCUUUCUUUUUCCGGUUUUUUUAAACCCUUCUUAUUACUCUUACAUCGGCUUCCCUCUUCCCUCCUCGUUUCCCCUCCUCCUGCCUCCAAGGCAUCUGCGGUUUGUGUUUCAACUGAGUGGCAGCAGCCGUUGCUCCUGCACUGCCAUCGACACCUGGGACUGCCCACCCUCCUGUCGCCUCGUGCUCAUUGGCCAGGACGCCGCUGAGCUGGCAGGCCUGGUGUCAGAGCUGGAAUCACUCGCAGAGGAUCAGAAGACGGAUGGUGGAGGAGAGGUUUCAGGGGAUGGGGUUUCAGAGGUGGCUUGUGAAACAGGCUCGAGGAAUGUGGCUGGGGAGGCGAUAUGUGGGGAAGGCACAGCUGCUGCUGAGGCAACAAGGCUUGUGAAGAUGCUGACAGCAGAUGAGAGAUUUGAGGUCCGCACAUCCAAGGCAGCAUCUGACAACAGAGUGGGGAAGUUAGUGACAGAGCGACGGGGAAAAACGUUUGAGGCUUCAGUUGUGGAGUUUGGGAUGAAAGGAAUUCCACUCAAAGGCAUCCAUCAGAAUACUCUCAAUGCCUCGUUGCUGGCGUACAUGAACAACCAAGCUACACAUCUCGUAUUCGCCUGCUCGACUCUCCCAACUCUCAACGGUAAGUAUACCCUACUUACAGCAGCCGUCUUGAUGUUUCUUCGCCAUUUCUAG